GCUGUCAGAAGUAAACAUAACCUGGUGAUGGGUUGGAUGUUGGUAGAUGGCCGCUCUUAUUAGUUUAUCACUGGUGAGACGAUCAUAGGGGAAGGUUGAUAAAUACUUGCGAUUUAGUGCUUCAGUGGUUCUUCCUGAAACAAAUAGAAACUCCCCAAUUCUCGUAUUGUCGCUCACAACGAAAUAACAAGCUCACAAAUCGACAAAGCAAAAUGCUAGUAAAUACGCCACGGAAACGCUUUUUGUUCGUGAUUGUUGCCGUGUUGAUCAUUUGGCAGGUGAUGCGCUUUUUGCCGCAAUUCCUAUUCGGACCACCUAUACAGGAGGAUCUGAUUAUUCGUCACCCGGGCGCUCCCGUGAUGGUAAUGGUCUACUACGAGGCUCUUUGCCCGGAUUCAAAAAAUUUCAUAGUGAAACAGUUGCAGGCGACGUACCGAAGGGCGCCCGAGCUGAUGGAGGUGCAGUUCAUCCCGUAUGGAAAGGCUUCGACUCACGUCCAACCAGAUGGGUCACUACGUUUUGAAUGCCAACAUGGACCUAUGGAAUGUCAAGCAAAUAUUUAUCAUGCAUGCGCAAUUGAAGCAAUUGAGGACGCGCGGGCGAGAAUAGAUGUUGUAGCAUGCAUGAUUCGCGACAAUCAGGCAGCGAAGGAAGCAAUGCAAAAGUGCACGCGUGAAUAUAAAGUUGAGAAUAGUGAACUUAUUCAGAAAUGUUAUGAAAGCCCACAUGGUGCCGAACUACUUAAACUGCACGGGGAUGCAACGAAUUCUCUUCGACCUAGAAUGAGUUUUGUACCUACAAUAACCCUGGAUGGAUCACAGGGUAGACAGGCGUCUAUACUGAAGGAUCUCUUUACGGAAGUUUGUAAAGUGGCAGCAGGACGGGGCCCACUUCCUGAUGUAUGCAAACCGUAAGGAGAGAAACAUCAAUGCGGCAAUGAGUAAAUGUUGUUAAUGUAUUUUUUUAGACUUUGGUAUCUAUUUUUGUGAUAGUUUGUCGGAAAUAAUUGUCAAGUUUCUCAAAAUGUGAAACUUACAAAGGUUUUUAUUUUGUUUUAUGUAAGAUAAUCAAAUUUACUAUGCGUGACGUUCUUGGUAUACUUGUGUUGAAUAUUUGGAGCGUGUUGCAAAGAGAGAGUGCUUUCAAAAUCAAUUUCGGGUUUCUGAGAUGAUAAAUCUAUAAGUCUUAAUCUAGUGAUAGUAACUGCGGUUAUUUCCGGUGACCAUCAGGCGAUGGUUUCGAAAAUGAGAAAAAGCAGGCUAUGGAGAAGAAGUAUCCGAUAACCAUCUGUAAUGAAUGUUUCUAAACUGAAAAGAUUUUCAAGGUUCUGAAUGCAAAGUAUUGCGCGGAAAUAACUGUAGCUACCUUAGGCUAAUUGAAAAUUCCUCUCGCUUAAGAAUCUUCAUGCACAUUUCGCUUGAUUUAUUUUUACACGCAUGUCCGUGCGUAACUCAAACACCGGUAAAACAGACCACCUAUUUAUUAACUAAACUUUUUACGAGCAGGCGAACAGUACCAACUCAAAUUUUAUUAAUAUCUGCAACUUUGAGAAUAUAUUUUCGUUCAGGCACCGAACACUUAUUUUGUAUGUAAUGCAUUAUUCCAACAAACUUCCAUUGCACUGCGUAGUGUGCUGUAUAAAUCUGUAAGAAAUUAAACUAGUGUGACAAGUACUAGUCCGAGUAAUGUACAAUUCAAUUGACAACAUUUUUAUAUGCUUUGAAACAUAUACAGGACGAAUGUUAACAUUUUUAUCAACAUUCCUGAAGGCUACAGAAUAUAAGCAAAUCGUAGUAUUGAAUAAUCGCGAGGUUUAGUUUUUCACACUUUGACGAAUAGCUCUCAAAAUACCGACUUUUAGUAUUUCAAAGGGAAGAGACUAUUUUUAUCGAGUUUUAUAGGCAACUUACAAACCUAACCGCAAAGGAAUAGUUUCAAACUUAUUGAUAUCAAUGUUGUAGAAUAAAUGUUUAAACGAACCCUUUUUGUACAAUUUGUAGCAAUGAAUGAUUCUGAGAAACAAAAAUAAAAUUUUAAAACGUCU